AUGGAUCCUGGCGACAGUCGUGCAAUUCACCCUGAUGAGGAGUUGUUCUUAAACAACUCCUCCAGGAAGACAAGUAACGCAUCUAGGGUUGAACCUCUCAGAAUUAAUAAAAGAGACUCAACCAUGUCAGUUGCGCCCGUUGCAAGCCCACCACCAACUGCGCCGCUGCCAUACCCCGAUGACAGACCUCGUCUUCAAAUGCGUACCUCAUCUUCUAGCGAUGGGCGUCCCGCCGACCCAGCCCCAGCUAGAUAUGGGUCUCCGCCCGUAAGCUCCGGGUCUGUGAGCCCCGCCGAUUAUCCCCCGGCUUUGCGGCCGCGGGAUGGUCGCGAGCCAAGAGUCGCGACACUAGCUGAAAGACGAGGAAACGCACCGAAACCAUUACCUGAAUCUCCGGUGACCGAUCCAGGCCGAGAAGCUCUUGCAGCCAGACCAUACCCUCGUCCGCCAGCGGUUGCGUCGGCUUCAUCAGGGAGCGUACCAACGGAGAGGCAGUAUGAUUAUCGCCAACAAUACUUCCCGCCUCCUCAGCGCACAAACUCACGACCAUCUUCCGCCCGACCUCCCUCUACAUCACAUGCGCCUCAACCAGGUGGGAUCAAUCGAAUCAGCUCAACUUCCACUACUCGCGCCCAACGUGGUUCCCCGCCACCUCCAGAGACACCGAUAGUAGGACCAGGGCAGCAGGCUACUUCGGACAUCGAAGCGCGAUAUGCAGCAUCUGGAAUCGCUGGAACGGGCACACUCAUCGGCCUUCGAUCACAGAGUUCCGCAGCGCAAUCACGCGCAGCUCAAUAUGCGGGGCAAGAGCCGCCUCAGCAACACCAGCCGGCGCCACCAAGACCGUGGACGCCCACCGAGCAGCCGGGUAGCCAGCCUCAUGGACCGCCCACUGUUUACCAAGGCGACGAGGUAGUCAGCGAUAGCCCGGACCUUCCUGUCCACCCGGCGUUUGCCAACAGCCCGCCGCUACAGCCUCAGCCGAUAGCCACACCGACGCCUUCCAGGCCGCAACAACAACAAUCACCACCGACCCCGCAAAGCCAACGACAGUCACAGCAGCUUCAACAGUCCCCGAUUCCCGGUAAUGCACUGGAACAAGAUAUGGACCGAAUGAACCUUAGUUCCUCGCCUCCCCCCGCAUACUCGACUGUUCCCCCAAACUCAUCUGCAAACAACUAUCCACCCGAGAAACAGAAUGGUACACCCGGAGGCGAUGCCGGACCGGCUAUCGCAGGGCACCCAGCAUUGCUCAAUCAGUCACAUGCUGCCAGUGCUGUAUCCGCCUCUCCAGCACCAGCUGUCUCUCCCCAGGAUCAUCCUGCAUUUGCCAAUGAUCCCCGACAACAACCUCAGGCAGGCCCAUCUACACAGAAUGCUGUGCCUAACGGACUACCAGCUUUUCAACCACAAGUAAUCCAGCACGUUAUGUCUCCUGGACCAGCUGCUGGUCUACCGCCGGCAUCUCCACCACCCCUUCCAGAAGGGUGGAUCGCUCAUAUGGACCCCAGUUCUGGCCAGUACUACUACAUUCAUCUACCCUCGCAAUCUACUCAAUGGGAGUUUCCAAAGGGACCGACCCCAUUGAACCUCAAUGAUACGCCGUUGUCGCCCGUAGGAAGUGUUUACACGAACCACCCAUUGGCCUCGCCAGGCCUGUCAGCUUUUGGAAAGCCCAUGGCUUCCCCGGGACUGUCGGCAUUUGGAAAACCAAUGGCAUCUCCAGGAAUACCUAUGACUCCAGGCUUUGAGAGUAUCCAGUCUCCUCUUGCAGGAUUUUCCGGUCCCCCGCCGAGCAGCGGAAUGGAUUUGUACAAAACCGCGCCGACGAAUGGCGUUUACUUUGGACCUUACCUACGCUACACAAACAUGGAUAUCGAGCGGGGGAUUUGGAUGGGCUCUAUCCUUAUUGUAACUGAUGCUGCACAGCCACCAACAAUCCACCUUCACCAAAGUGCUGAUCUCUCUCCAAACCCGCGACAAUUGAAAGCUGUCAAUAUUGCCGCUCACCAGCGGUGGACGUUCUACAAGUAUGAGGUUGACAUUCAAAUGGAUGAUAUGACCCCAGCUAAAUGGACAUAUGCGAUCACAUCUCACCUCGGUUGUACUCGCUACGAGUUCCUUGUCGCAGGUCGACAUGAGACCAACUGGCGUUUCAUUGCAACAUCUGGGAACGAUUUCUCAGUAAAUGUGAACGCCAAUGAGCGAGCUCGCUUAGGUGGGGUUGGAUUUAUAUGGAAAGACAUCAUGCAGAAGCAUAACGAGAUUGGUGGGUUCCAUGCACAGCUGUGCCUUGGAGGACAGAUCUACGCAGAUCGUAUGUGGAAGGAGAUCCCUUGUCUCAAACAGUGGCUGGCCAUUAGUGGGAAAGAGGCAAGAAAGAAUGCACCUUGGACAGCGGCAAACCAGCAGGAUGUUUCCCAUGCGUACUUCCAUUACUACACCAGUCAUUUUGAUCAGCCAUACCUUCGAGAGUCAUUUGCACAGAUUCCUUACAUCUGCCAGAUUGAUGACCAUGACAUCUUCGAUGGGUUCGGUUCUUAUCCGGAUCAUAUGCAAUUUUCAAACAUGUUUAAAAAUAUCGGUCGCAUCGGCAUUGAGAUGUACCUACUUUUCCAGCACCAUACAACUUUGGACAUCCUUCGGAAUGUUAGCAGUGACGUUGAUCUUUUCACUAUCACUGGGACCGGCUGGCACUUUGUUAAAUAUCUUGGUCCUGGUGUUGUGGUUGUUGGCCCAGAUUGUCGCUCUGAGCGUAACCCCCACCAGGUGAUGGCUGGUCCAACAUACCAAGGCCUAUUUCCCAAAGUUGCAAUGCUCCCACCGAGCGUUCAGCAUUGUCUUUGGAUGAUAGCAGUCCCUCUCAUCUACCCUCGAUUAGAGACUGCUGAGCAUAUCGCCCAUACUGUGACUACAGGAAAGCGUGCUGUAACUGGCACCUAUAACCUGUUAGGCAAAGUUACUAGCUCAGUGGCGGGAGUAGUAGGCGCCAAAGAAUUCGUGGGCUCCGGGUUUGAUUCUGUGAAGCGUGCAGUUGGCAAGUCUGGCCUUAUGGGCAGCAUUUUGAGUCCUUUUGGCGAAUUUGAUUUGAUGGAUGAACUGCGCGACCAAUGGACUCACGAGUCAAAGGACCUUGAACGGACUUACUUGAUUCGUACCCUCCAGGGUAUCGCCCAUCAGAAAUCACUUCGCAUGACCUUCCUCUCCGGCUCGGUCAAUGUCUGUGGUGCCGGUCUUGUCCACGAUCCCAGCCAGCCAUCUGAUCACAAGACCAUGUACCAGCUUAUUUCAUCGCCAUCCGUGAAUACUCCGCCCCCUUCAUAUGUCGUGAAAAUGCUCCAUAGCAGCAGCAAGCCAUUAUACAUCCCUUCCAAUGGCCACAGAUCCUCAUCCCAGCCUACUGAUACCAAAGAGGACAUGAUGGAAAUAUUCCAGAAUGACAUCAAUGGACAGGCCCGCGAGCAUCGCAAGCUCAUGGCGCGUAGAAACUACGUUGCCAUUGUGGCUUACGAUCCCGAGGUUGUUGCCGCAACCCCUUUCAGUCCUGUUGGCCCAGUUGCUGGAACCAAAAAGCUCAGCUUAGCCGCAGACUUCAUCGUUCAGGGUGAAGGAGCUUAUGCUAGUGUGGUUAAGUAUGGGCCUGUCAUCGUACCUAGUCUGGAACAAGGGCGAUGA